GGCACAUUAUAUGAAGAGGGCGUGAAAAUUCAAGUUCUGCUCUCUCGAAAAAUUUCGAAUAUUCGUCCGUGAAAGCAAGUUGCCCCUACGAGAGGCUUCGAUUGCCCUACACCGUAUACGGCAGUAUUGUCCACGGUCCACCUGGGUCGAGGUAAGUUAUGUCAUCACUGGCGGGCCCAUGCCGUCAUACGUCUGGAACCAGCUACUUCAUACCUGCAAUUUCAACAUUGAUCUCUUUUCAAAAACAAAUACUACUCCAGUCUUUUCAGAAUCGUGCUAAGUUGCUUUUACUAUCAAGUUUUCUUCUACACCACCCUCAACAACUCGACACCCGCCACCGAUCAUCUUGAUAUUCGGAAGUUUUAUCUGCAGUGCGACUAGCGCGGGGCACAGUACUUUUAACUUGCAGCCCAAAGUUAUUCACCGAGCCACCGUCUAUUGAUAUACUUCACCCUUCUUGAAUCAAUCUCGCCAUUGUGAGCGAGCAAUCUGGCAGCAUGGAUGACACACAGAUCCCCCCGCGUGUCCCCCAGCAUCGACGAUCCAGCUCGGGCGGCGAUCCUUUUCAGCCCGCAGAUAUCUAUUAUGGCGAUGCUCAAGCGGUUGAACGAGUAAAGAACCGCCGCCGUGCGUUCUCUUCGAGCUUGAAAUCGUUCAAUCGCCAAGACCUCCACGAUAUGCUGGGUGACCGUAAUACAAGACGUGGUAGCAUGGACCCCACAUCUGGCAACCCCAGGAAAUUCCUUGUUGACGUCGACGCAACGUUGGAGCAUUUACUAGAGAGAGAGGAUUCUGACAGAAACCAGCAAAUUACCAUUGAGGACGUUGGUCCUAAGGUUUUCUCUCUAGGAACGGCAGCGUCCUCCGGGUACAAUAAGGUCGACGUUCGGGGCACAUAUAUGUUGUCCAAUCUCCUCCAGGAAUUAACGAUUGCCAAAGACUAUGGCCGCAAGCAGAUUGUCCUGGAUGAGGACCGUCUCUCAGAGAACCCGGUAUCCCGACUCUCACGCCUAAUUAAAAAUUCAUUCUGGAGAUCUCUUACUCGGAGAAUCGAUGGCUCUAAUAUCGAGGUGGCUGGAAGAGAUCCUAAAGAUUGGACCGAUGAUCCUCGUCCACGAAUUUACGUCCCACCUGGAGCUCCUGAACAGCUGGAGUACUACAAGCGGAUCGCGAAAGAGAGAUCUGAACUACGUCUUGAGGUGAUAGAGCUGGCUGCUGAUAUCACACCGGAGUAUGUGCGCGAUCUUAAUCAUAAGCCCGGGCUUCUUGCCUUGGCUAUGGAGGAGAAGGUUGACCCAGUCACCGGGAAAACAGACUUUUCUGGAGUACCUUUUGUGGUUCCUGGAGGCCGCUUCAAUGAACUAUACGGGUGGGAUAGUUACAUGGAGUCUCUGGGACUCCUAUCAAGCAACAGAGUUGAUCUUGCCAAAGCUAUGGUGAUCAAUUUCUGUUUCUGCAUCAAGCACUAUGCAAAGAUCUUGAAUGCCAACCGCACAUACUACCUGACGCGCUCUCAACCGCCAUUCCUCACAGACAUGGCCUUGCGCGUAUAUGACCGUAUCAAGAGCGAACCAGGCGCCUUGGAAUUCCUUCGGGAGUCAAUCUUAGCCGCCAUUAAAGAAUACUACAGUGUGUGGAUGUCUGAGCCACGUCUCGACCCCGUGUCAGGUCUGUCACGGUACCGCUCGCCAGGUAUUGGUGUGCCCCCAGAGACAGAGGCGGGCCACUUUAUCCACCUGCUUACUCCCUACGCCGAGAAACAUGGUAUGCAAUUCAAGGAAUUUGUCCAAGCCUAUAACGCCGGCGAAGUCGACGAGCCGGAGCUGGAUGACUACUUCAUGCACGACAGGGCGGUUAGAGAAUCUGGGCAUGAUACCAGCUACCGUUUGGAGAGAAUCUGCGGCCACCUCGCCACGAUUGAUCUCAACUCUCUCCUAUACAAGUAUGAGGUCGAUAUUGCUCGAGUAAUCCGGGUCUACUUCAAAGACAAGCUUGAGAUUCCGGUUGAAUUCAGGACACCGGCUACCAAGGAUAUCCAGAGUGAGUCAUCUUCUGUGUGGGAUCGCCGGGCACGCAGGAGAAAAAUGAGAAUGGACACCUAUAUGUGGAACGAAGAGAAGGGGAUGUUCUUCGAUUAUAACACAGAGACACAAGAAACAAUGAAUUAUGAGAGUGCUACUACCCUCUGGGCGAUGUGGGCUGGACUUGCAACGCCGCGCCAGGCUUCUGAAAUGAUACUCAAGGCACUUCCCCGCUUUGAGGAAUUCGGUGGAAUCGUCUCAGGAACUGAAGAGUCACGCGGUGCUGUAGGCCUUGACCGACCCACUCGGCAGUGGGAUUACCCAUACGGAUGGGCGCCGCAACAGAUGCUCGCGUGGACUGGAUGCUGCCGAUACGGAUACCAGGAAGAUGCCGAGCGGCUUGCGUACAAGUGGCUGUACAUGAUCACAAAAGCGUUUGUUGAUUUCAACGGAGUUGUCGUCGAGAAGUACGAUGUGACUCGACCUAUUGAUCCUCACCGAGUUGAUGCCGAAUAUGGUAACCAAGGUGUUGAUUUCAAGGGUGCCCCCCGAGAAGGGUUUGGUUGGGUCAAUGCUAGUUACGUCUACGGCCUGGAUAUCCUGAAUGCCCAUCAACGACGGGCCCUCGGUGCAGUCACCCCAUGGGAGACAUAUAGCAAGGCUCUGUCUACGCAGGGUGAUAGCGUCCUUGGAUAGUUGGACGCGGCAUAGCAACUUCGGAAUUGCAAUGCCCCGCGAUGGUGCUGAUCCUGCUUUAUGAUUGUGAAUGGUCGAGAAGAGCUAGAAAGAGAGUUUUCGGCAUGCAGUUUUUUUUUCUACCAAAAUACCAUAGAUAUAUAACCGUUAGUUUAAAUAUACGAUGUGACGUUUGGCUAAA